GGGCGGUGCUGGUAUAUAGCUGUGGUCCGGCCUACACUUCCACCUUCUCGCCAGUGGAGUUUCAUCACAGCUUCUGCACCACCCAGGGCAGACGAGACCAUAAACACAAGUAAGUAGCUAAGAAAAUAGUUUCACAAUGUAACGUGUACGGGCGCACAUUAAAAGAUGACUUGCUCGUCAUACCGUAGACAUCUAGCCAGCGAUGGGGGGGGGCUGAUCGUUGUCGAGGAUGCUGUGAAAUAUUAUCACUGUCAAAAUGUGCUCUGGCCUGAGUCGACUCCAUGUCAUUCCUCCCCUUGUUCGGCUGCUUUAUGCCUACGUGGACUUUGUGUAGAUUAUUGUGGAGCUACGUAUUAAAAUGGGAGAAUGUGUAGCUAUCAUGUUUUGAUCAAACACAUGUGUAAAAAAAUGUAAGCCCAAAACACCGUUCUCGAUUUCAUGUUUCAUUACAUUUUUUGUAGUGAAAGUUUCCGUAAGGAGUUUGAAUUUAAACUGGUUGUUAGCCGCCAGAGCUAGCUAGCGCUAGCACUGCAGCUACGUGUCAUUAUCGCGCACGGUCAAAGUUUAUACGAGUUUAUUAGCUAGCUAGCAAGCUAACGCGUAUACAUAAAGUUUUCAAUAGAACGGGGCGUUUACAUUGUUUUCUUGGAAUGCACGAUUAAUGUUUAAUUUAAGAUCCUUAGCAAGUGGUUAGCUAUUUAGUGUUACCAUCCAUUUCAAGAAUUCCUCGGACAUUCUUGCAUGUCGACGUAGCACUAGCGGAGAAACCAAUGAAUCUUGGCCAGCUAACGUUAGCUAUCUAGUUAACGUUGUCUUGGUCAGGUAGCUAACGUACAGUAGUUAGCUAGCUACCUAUAUUCAUCUGACGCGUGUCGUGGCCUUAGGAUAGUCUGUCAAUUUUCAUGUCGCAUCGUUUGUUGAUAUUAGCUAGCUAAUUAUAUAUAUAUUUUUUUUAAACGUCCGCUAGCUAGCUAACUAUUCUGCUAGCUAGCUUGCAAAUUAGGCAGAAGUAGGCCAGUGUUCUAGCUAACGUUAGCUAGCAAUCUAUUUUAGCUUUUUAGCUGCAACCUCACGUUAAUCUAGGACAGUUGACUUAACUAGGGUGAAAGUUAAGUACAUGCAUGUUAUAUGAAUAAGGCUAAUUUAGCAUCAGAUUUAAAUGCCAAAUUAAUAGAGUCUGUGUGGUCUCACUGGAAGAGGCAUCAACGUACACCUCAUUAGGCUAUUUGACAAAGCUGGCCAAGCCUGUAGUAGUUAAUACAUCCCACUGGUCUAAUGUCAAACAAGAAUAUGUUAUUGGGUUUCUUAGCUUUUUCUAGGCUACCUUUACCUUCAAGCAAGUAGGCCCAGAUUUGUAUGCUAGCUACUUAUGUGGGGGGGAUCCGUCCAGCCAUUUAAUUAGAUGUCAAAGCUUGGUUUGAUCUUUUCACUCAAAUCCUCACAUUUGAAUAUAGCUCUUAAUCUAUUAAUUGAAUGUUUAGUGUUUUAUCAACUGAAUAUCUGUUGUGAAACCAGUGUUUUAUUUAUUUAUUGUGCUUUUCAGGCAAAAGCUGGCAGGCUGACACGAACAGGCAGCUCUACAGGACGGAUUAUCUGGUAACUGACCAUUCAGCUGGUAAGAAGUGACUCUACUCUCUAAGCUCCUAAUUAUAGCCUAACCAUGCUGCAGUCCCUCCUAACCUGCAGUUUUCCAAAUGGAAGGCAGUGGAAUGGAUGGCCUGGUUGGCCACAUCCACUGUCUCAAUAAUUGAAGAUUACAGGCAGACAUUUUUACUGGAAAUACAAGAUGGGGGGGUGGGGGGGGGGGGCUAUAUAUUGUAUAUUAUUGGGUCAAUCAUAAACCAGGUGCUUAUCUGAUUUAUCUGUAUUUCUUUUAAAUACUUUGAAUCAGUGUAUAUAUAAAACGUUCUCAAAGAAUGUUUCCAGAUGAGGCUUGAAGCACUUCAGUAGUCUACUCUGUGAAACCUUUUCAACAUUUACCAUUUUGUGUGGAAGGCUGUUUUCUUGCUCCAUGUUAAACCAAUGAGAUGGCAGUAGUAUGGCUUUCUGUGUGUAGUGCCCUGUGCUAACUAACUCGCCACUGAUUCAGCCUUAAAGAGGCCUAGCCGAGAAGGAAGAGGCCCCGUAAAGGGCGCUACUCUGGAAAGCAUGUGAAAACAGCUCUACUAACGCCAUGCUAAUGAUUCCAGGCACCACCUCCACUGACUGUGCUGUGUGCCAGUACAAAAUAGAAUUACUAGAGUGGACCUUCCCAUUCAAGUGGAUGUUCUGUGAUUGGUAGGAAAUGUGAUAUAAUGGCGCCGGAGGGGAUGGCGGCCAUUUUACGGGCUCCUAAACAACUGUACUAUUUUGUUUUUUUCCGCGUUGUGUGUAACUUAUUUUGUAUAUAAUGUUGCUGCUACUGUCUCUUAUGACCGAAAAGAGCUUCGUACGUCAGAACAGUGAUUACUCACCUUGAACUGGAUGAAGAUUUUUUUUCUUUAAUGAGUGCGAUUCGAAGGAUGUACUGCUUCUCUGAGACCAGGCCCAAAUCCCCGUCAUUCGCGUGAAGAAAAGACGGAAAUACAGGGGGCCAAGAUUGGGGUGCCUUGUGAGAAUUCGUUGGCGAGUGGGUAACCCGCAUCUACCAUCCGUUCUAUUGGCCAACGUGCAAUCACUGGAAAAUAAACUGGAUGAUCUCCGCUCGAGACUAUCCUACCAACGUACAUUAAAAACGGUAAAAUCUUAUGUUUCACCGAGUCGUGGCUGAACGACGACAUAGAUAAUAUUUUUAUUAUUAUAUACAGUUGGCUGGGUUUUCCGUGCAUCGGCAGGACAGAACAGCUAUGUCCGGUAAGACAAGGGGCGGGGGUGGGAGUGUGUCUAUUUGUCAAUAACAGCUGGUGCGCGAUGUCUAAUAUUAAAGAAGUCUCGAGGUAUUGCUCGAUUGAGGUAGAGUACCUCAUGAUAAGCUGUAGACCACACUAUCUACCAAGAGUUUUCAUCUAUAUUUUUCUUAACUGUAUUUACCACCACAAACCGAUGCUGACACUAAGACCACACUCAACGAGCUGUGUAAGGCCAUAAGCAAACAAGAAAAUGCUCAUCCAGAAGCGGCGCUCCUAGUGGCCGGGGACUUUAAUGCAGGCAAACUUAAAUCCGUUUGACCUACUUUCUACCAGCAUGCCACAUGUGCAACCAGAGGGGAAAAAACUCAAGACCACCUUUACUCCACGCACAGAGACACAUACAAAGCUCUCCCUCGCCCUCCAUUUGGAAAAUCUGACCAUAAUUCUAUCCUCCUGCUUACAAGCAAAAACUAAAGCAGGAAGUACCAGUGACUCGCUCAAUACGGAAGUGGUCAGAUGACGCGGAUGCUACGCUACAGGACUGGUUUGCUAGCACAGACUGGAAUAGGUUCCGGGAUUCAUCCAAUGGCAUUGAGGAGUAUAGCCCAAGAAAACGAAGGUAACCUGCCUAAAUGACUACCACCCCGUAGCACUCACGUCAGUAGCCAUGAAGUGCUUUGAAAGGCUGGUCAUGGCUCACAUCAACACCAUCAUCCCGGAAACCCUAGACCCACUCCAAUUCGCAUACCGCCCCAACAGAUCCGCAGAUGACGCAAUCGCACUCCACACUGCCCUUUCCCACCUGGACAAAAGGACACCUAUGUGAGAAUGCUGUUCAUUGACUACAGCUCAGCGUUCAACACCAUAGUGCCCACAAAGCUCAUCACUAAGCUAAGGACCCUGGGACUAAACACCUCCCUCUGCAACUAGAUCCUGGACUUCCUGACGGGCCGCCCCCAGGUGGUAAGGGUUGGCAACAACGCAUCUGACACGCUGAUCCGCAACACUGGGGCCUCUCAGGGGUGCGUGCUUAGUCCCCUCCUGUACUCCCUGUUCACCCACAACUGCGUGGCCAAGCACAACUCCAACACCAUCAAGUUUGCUGAGGACACAACAAUGGUAGGCCUGAUCACUGACAACGAUGAGACAGCCUAUAGGGAGGAGGUCAGAGACCUGGCAGUGUGGUGCCAGGACAACAACCUCUUCCUCAACGUGAGAAAGACAAAGGAGCUGAUCGUGGACUACAGGAAAAGGAGGGCCGGAACGCCAAGACAGUCGUGAAGAGGUCGCGACAACACCUUAUCCCCCUCAGGAGACUGAAAGAUUUGUCAUGGUUUCCCAGUUCCUCAAAAAAUUAUACAGCUGCGCCAUCGAGAGCAUCCUGACCUGUUGCAUCACCGCCUGCUAUUGCAACUGCUUGGCAUCCGACUGUAAGGCGAUACAGAGGGUAGUGUGUACAGCCCAAUACAUCACUGGGGCCAAGCUUCCUGCCAUCCAGGACCUAUAUACUAGGCAGUGUCAGAGGAAGGCCCAACAAAUGGUCAAAAACUCCUGUCACCCAAGUCCAUAGACUGUUCUCUCAGCUACUCAAGCGGUACCGGAGCGCCAAGUCUAGGUCCAAAUGGCUCUUUAACAGCUUCUACACCCAAGCCAUAAGACUGCUGAACAAUUAAUCAAAUGAUUUGAUUCUAUUUCUAUGGUAUAAUGUCCCAUGAGCCCCGUCCUCCAUCUUAUGGCUAAUGUGUUCACUGCUUCUCAUUCGAAGCAAAACAUUUUUGCACGGUUUGCGGAGGAAUAGCCUAGUAAAUGUUCUCCGGGGUCAACUUCUCAUCCCCACAAUCCUAACCUUUAACCAUUAGUGGGAAAAGUACAAAAAUGACCCAAGACCAGUGUCUAGAGACAACUUCACCUAGCGCACCAGCUCAGGGUCUAGUCUGAUCUACCUGGUUAGGACUUCACCUAGCGCACCAGCUCAGGGUCUAGUCUGAUCUACCUGGUUAGGACUUCACCUAGCGCACCAGCUCAGGGUCUAGUCUGAUCUACCUGGUUAGGACUUCACCUAGCGCACCAGCUCAGGGUCUAGUCUGAUCUACCUGGUUAGGACUUCACCUAGCGCACCAGCUCAGGGUCUAGUCUGAUCUACCUGGUUAGGACUUCACCUAGCGCACCAGCUCAGGGUCUAGUCUGAUCUACCUGGUUAGGACUUCACCUAGCGCACCAGCUCAGGGUCUAGUCUGAUCUACCUGGUUAGGACUUCAGUAGGUGGAUGAACUGAAAGGGGUCAGUGGGGAAAUCCUCUUAACCUUGGAGAGCUCAUUCACCCAGCUUAGAAAGGCCUAGCGCAACAACUCAAAACCUAGUUGUUGGGCACCGGGGUGAAGUUUCCCCCUAGGUACAGCUAGGAUCAGCUUCACCUCCCCUCGCCCAAAGGCCGGCAGAUGGCAAUAUUGAGUUUCCAUCUUACCGUCCAAACGCAUUGUAUGCAGCCGGCAAUACGCUCGUAUCCCCCGUGGACAGGUUUAUACAUAAAACAUUCUGCAUUCAGGAUGUAAAGGCAUCAAUUUCCUCUUUAACUGGACUUAAAGGCGGGGGGAGAAAAAAACAGGGAAAAUAUUCAUACUUUCUUUACGAAACACAAUUUUCCUAGGAAUGCUAGUUCCGGAUGUUGUGUAUCGCAUUCAGCCAUUCAGGUUGCAGCAGUCUGUUUACCCCAGGAAGUAGCAUUAGCCACUAGCGUGGUGGAAAUUGUUUAAUUAAAGUAUGUAUAUGUAAAAAAAUAAAAAAAAAUACCCCUUUUCACCAUUAAAUCUAGUUAAGGAGGAAAUCGAAGCCUUUUGUAGCCUUAAAGGGAAAUGUUUUAGGUACAAACUGGUCCACAGGGGGAUACGAGUGUAUUGCCGGCUGCAUACAAUGCGUUUGGAUGGUAAAAUGAAACCAUCCGUUCCAGAUGAAUAUCGCCAUUAGCAGGCCUUUGGGCUACCCCUACCCCAAUCCUAACCUUAACCAUUAGUGUGGAAAAUGCAAAACUGAUCCGAGAUCAACGUCACAUGUAGCCUACUGCAAUGAAGCAGUUUGUCCCCUUGGUUAUGCUUAAUUUGCCCUAAUCUGUGCACUAAGGCUAUUUGUCAAACAUUCACAGAAAGUGCUGACGUGUACAUUGGAAAUGGCUUGAACAUAAAUUAUCCCUCCUGGAAAGGCAUGGCUUCUUUUGAUAAUGGUAGAUAAGACCAUCUCAAAGUCCGUUCAAACUGAUAAAUGAGGUUUGUACUACUGUAUUUAACCCUAAACUAUAAAAGCGGUUGUUGUUUAUUUGUUUUCAUGGUUUGUUUUUCUAGCCAUGAGAUGACUCAAACGACAAGGCCUUAUAAAGACAACAAUGUCUUAGCUAUGCAGGCUGUUUUGUUUAUUUAACCCUGAUAAUUAAGUCCUCUGUUCCUUUACUAGUGGCACACUCGGACUCCGUGUAAACGUGGGAUUUCGACCAUGAGCUCAGUCGCUGUACUUACGCAGGAGAGCUUCAACGAGCACCGCUCUGGGCUCGUUGCAGAGAAGGCUGGCGGUGAGUGUCUAUUCUGUCUCCUCCUCUGGGUAGAUUAGUCUGGCUUUAAAAUUAGCCGUCAGUCAUACCCCCCCGUUAUCAAUGAUUAUCUCAAUAAACAUGCAAACUAAAACCUACGUAACAACAAGAACUGAGUUGUAUGUAUGUAUGUAUAUAUAUAUAUAUGGUGGCUUGUCUCUAAUGGUUCAGCUACUGCCACACAGGGUCUAGUGCUGCUGGAGAGGAGGAGGCCCCAGCCUACAAGGAUGCCUUCCCCCCACUGCCUGAGAAGGCUGCUUCACCUGAGGGCACCCAGGAACCAGCCAACGCCUGGACCUCCAAGAUCCGGCCUCUCAAAUCUUCUGUCAUCACCCAGGUAGCUACAACAGCAGCAGCAGCGUUUACGCAAUACUUACUUACUUUGUUGCGUUGGAGGAAGAAGAAACUGUUUUGUUGUAGCAAAUUCUACCCAUAUUCCCUAUAUAGUGCACUACUUUUGACCAGAGCCCAUAGAGCUGUGGUGAAAAGUAGUGCGCCACGUAUUGCAAUAGGGUGUCGUUUGGGGCACGUCCAACGUUUUUGUUAUAGCUAAGAACUCCUCCUCCCUUUUUGUCAAACCUGGGCGUGUAGACCUAAAAGUCUGUUCAAACAUGUGAUGUUUGCUCUCCUUUAACUCAUGACCCUGCUAGGUUUUCCACGUGCCUCUGGAAGAGCGCAAGUACAAGGACAUCAACCAGUUCGGUGAAGGAGAUCAGGCGAAGGUCUGUGUGGACAUCAUGCACAAGACUGGCGCCCACCUGGAACUCUCCAUGGCUAAAGACCAGGGCCUGUCCAUCAUGGUGUCUGGGAAACUGGACGCUGUGAUGAAGGCCCGCAAGGAGAUUGUGUCCCGACUGCAGACUCAGGUCCGUGUAGAAAGAUGGCUUCACGUUUAGCCCUUAUGUGGCUUUAGUAUCCAUUAUAACAAUGUAGGUUACAGCGUAUAUAUCAGAGCUACAUUUGGACUCCUCCUUUGUGAUUUUCCCAAAUGUUGUACUAUCAGGGCAUUGUGUUUUAAGGACCCCACCUCAGGACUCCCUGAAAAACAGUGGCAAUUCUUACUGAGUGGACUAUAUCAUGGCUAAAUAAAUAAAACGAAAUGAAAAGAGUAUCAUCCAUUUCAAUAUGAACUCAUGCACUCUUACUAAAGUUAAUCAAAAGUGAUUACUGCUUGAUUAUUUAUUUACCUUUGUGGUAAUAUUAACUUCCAUUGUAGGGGGCCAGUAUGAAAAAUGUAUGCACUCACUAACUGUAAGUCGCUCUGGAUAAGAGCGUCUGCUAAAUGACUAAAAAUGUGUUAAACUAUUUUCCUCCAUGUUGUUUUUUUUCACCAGGCUUCAGCAACUGUGGCCAUCCCCAAAGAACACCAUCGCUUUGUCAUCGGCAAGAAUGGGGAAAAACUGCAGGAGCUAGAGCUCAAGACUGCCACCAAGAUCCAGAUCCCCAGACCAGACGACCCCAGCAACCAUAUCAAGAUCUCUGGCACCAAGGAGGGCCUGGAGAAGGCCAAGCACGAGAUUCUGCUCAUCUCUGCCGAGCAGGUAGCCAUCCUGAUGUCAUAUCGGUGACCUACCUACCGCUCUAAUGACAUCCACUAUAACUACUCCACUCACUAAGUCAACUACCCCAUAAUAACCUCCUAACUCACUAUUGAAACCUUUGCGGCAAAUAACCUUUUCAACUUCAGUCAUAUCUGUUACCUUAAUCUAAAAGUACCUUUUUUUACAAGUUAACUACCCCAUAAUAACAACCCCACUUAAUAAAAAUGCCCAAUAACACUAACCUUACUGUUAUCACACUACCAUGAACACGGUGAGGAAGCUGAAGCAAGCUAGUUCAGUUUGUGAAAUGUUUAUAUCAUUCCCGAGUGUUGGACUGGACAACCUAACUGAUGACUGUCUGUUCCCUCCCUCCCCCUGCAGGACAAGCGUGCUGUGGAGAGGGUGAACAUCGACAAGGUGUUCCACCCCUUCAUCACUGGCGCCUACAACAAGCUGGUGGCAGAUAUGAUGCAGGAGACGGGAGCCCGCAUCAACGUCCCCCCGCCCAGCGUCAACAAGACCGAGAUCGUCAUCACUGGGGAGAAAGAGCAGGUGGCCCUUGCUGUGGCUAUGAUUAAGAAGAUCUAUGAGGAGAAGGUAUGUAGGGCUAUGUUCUGUCAUUUUUUUAAAAACAACAUUUUAAGAGGUUCUUAUGGUCGUUUUUUAAAUAUUAACUGUUAUGGUCCUUUUUAUAACCUGCUUUGUGUAAAAUAUUACUGUUUCUAUGAUCAAGAUGAUUGAUUGAGGGGGAGGUAUGUCCUGCUAGCUAAACUAUGCUAAACAGGAAUUAUUGCAUGUGCGUUAUCAUGGAUGUAAUGCUGUCAUGAAGUAUCAGGGUACCUUGGCGUGACUUCAGUUGUCUCAAGAAGCUACUGAGAGGGGUCUUUAUGGAGGUUCAUAGUGGCACGACCGCAGUCUUAGAAUGUGUCUCGGUGUGUUUAUUUUCAGUCGUAACGUUUAUUCGAAUUGGGACAAAUACAAUUAUAACAUUUUGAAUACGGAACAGUCGGAUGCACCAAAGUUACACUUGAGCUUACGGUAAUGUCCAGUGCUCUUGUCUACCCCCUUCUCCUAGCAGAAAAAUGCCACCACCAUCGCGGUAGAGGUGAAGAAGUCUCAGCACAAGUACGUGAUCGGCCCCAAGGGAAACACCCUGCAGGAGAUCCUGGAGAAGACUGGCGUCUCGGUCGAGAUCCCACCCCCCGACAGCAGCUCGGAGACCGUCAUCCUGCGCGGGGAACCAGACCGUCUGGGUCAGGCUCUCACCGAAGUUUACGCUAAGGUAGAUAUACGUAACGUCUCCAACAUAAACGCUACUACACAGUACGUACUAUACAUAUUUCACUGAAGUUUACGCUAAGGUAGAUAUACGUAACGUCUCCAACAUAAACGCUACUACACAGUACGUACUAUACAUAUUUCACUGAAGUUUACGCUAAGGUAGAUAUACGUAACGUCUCCAACAUAAACGCUACUACACAGUACGUACUAUACAUAUUUCACCGAAGUUUACGCUAAGGUAGAUAUACGUAACGUCUCCAACAUAAACGCUACUACACAGUACGUACUAUACAUAUUUCACCGAAGUUUACGCUAAGGUAGAUAUACGUAACGUCUCCAACAUAAACGCUACUACACAGUACGUACUAUACAUAUUUCACCGAAGUUUACGCUAAGGUAGAUAUACGUAACGUCUCCAACAUAAACGCUACUACACAGUACGUACUAUACAUAUUUCACCGAAGUUUACGCUAAGGUAGAUAUACGUAACGUCUCCAACAUAAACGCUACUACACAGUACGUACUAUACAUAUUUCACCGAAGUUUACGCUAAGGUAGAUAUACGUAACGUCUCCAACAUAAACGCUACUACACAGUACGUACUAUACAUAUUUCACCGAAGUUUACGCUAAGGUAGAUAUACGUAACGUCUCCAACAUAAACGCUACUACACAGUACGUACUAUACAUAUUUCACUGAAGUUUACGCUAAGGUAGAUAUACGUAACGUCUCCAACAUAAACGCUACUACACAGUACGUACUAUACAUAUUUCACUGAAGUUUACGCUAAGGUAGACGCGUUAUUUUGAAGGUUUUACUUGCAAUGAAUGUGGUAUGUGGUUGUUUUACCUUCCUUAGUUGAAUGUACUGAUUUGUAAGUAGCUCUCUAUAAGCUUGCCUGCUAAAUGACCAACAUGUAGCACUUUUCAGGGCCUCUGGGUCCAAGUGGACGUCUCAUUUCUACGUCAUUUAGCAGACGCUCUUAUCCAGAGCGACUUACAAAUCUCAUGACCUCGGUGGGGUUUCCCAGUUUUCUAAAAUGUGACCCUGUUUGUGUUUCCAUGACCUCGGUGGGGGUUCCCAGUUUUCUAAAUGUGACCCUGUUUGUGUUUCCAUGACCUCGGUGGGGGUUCCCAGUUUUCUAAAUGUGACCCUGUUUGUGUUUCCAUGACCUCGGUGGGGAUUCCCAGUUUUCUAAAAUGUGACCCUGUUUGUGUUUCCCAGGCCAACAGCUAUACUGUGUCCUCAGUCGACGCUCCCUCCUGGCUUCACCGUUUCAUCAUUGGCAAGAAGGGGCAGAACCUGGCCAAGAUUACCCAGCAAAUGCCCAAGGUGUGUGUGUGUGUGUGUGUGUGUGUGUGUGUGUGUGUUUGGUGUGUUCCAGUGGGGGGGGGGGAACCAGCUCGAGGCCUGACUUGGUGUUUCUCUGUGUGUUGCAGGUGCACAUUGAGUUCACUGAGGGCGAGGAUAAGAUCACCCUGGAAGGCCCCACCAAAGACAUGCAGAUGGUGCAGAGUCAGAUGGAAGCUAUCGUCACUGACUUGGUAAAGCACUCAUUCACCCCAAGCAGACGUCAGUUUACCAAACCCAGAUUAAGCCUAUUAGAUUACUGGGCUAAAACGCAUUCGACGGAGGUUCUCCCUUGAGCAUGCUUUUUAGUUAAGAUGUAGGCUUAAUCUGAGUCUGGGCCAGUGUCUUUCAUUGUCCCGAGGACAGACCGUAAACUAAACCAGUUUCCUUGGUUUUAGGACUCGGUAGUUAAACACGGCAUCAAAUGAAUCAUUUAUUUCCUUUCCACUUCUAGGUGAGCCGCAUGGAUUAUAUGGAGAUCAGUGUGGACCCCAGAUUCCACAGGCACCUGAUUGGGAAGGGUGGUGCCAACAGUAAGUCAUAUUAUGUUUUUAAGCAAAGCGGCGGUUGGCUUGAGAAGUGGGGAGAGGUAAGAUGUUUUGCAUAAAUACUAAGUUACACAAAUGUAUGAGAUAUUUAGCGUAUUACUAAAUGAUGCUAAAACCUGUUUCUUCUCCGGCCCUGCUCAGUAAACCGCAUCAAAGAUCUGCACAAGGUGUCUGUGCGUAUCCCCCCUGACAACGAGAAGAGCCACCUGAUCCGCAUCGAGGGGGAUCCCCAGGGGGUUCAGGAAGCCAGUAAGGAGCUGCUUGAGCUAGCGUCACGCAUGGUGAGGAUUACAAUACUGUGUCUCUCUCUGUGUCUGUCUCUGUCUGUCUCUGUCUGUCUCUGUCUGUCUCUGUCUGUCUCUGUCUGUCUCUGUCUCUCUGUGUGUCUCUGUCUCUCUGUGUGUCUCUGUCUCUCUGUGUGUCUCUGUCUCUCUGUGUGUCUCUGUCUCUCUGUGUGUCUCUGUCUCGUCUCUCUGUGUGUCUCUGUCUCUCUCUGUGUGUCUGUCUCUCUCUGUGUGUCUCUGUCUCUCUGUCUGUGUGUCUCUGUCUCUCUGUCUGUGUGUCUCUGUCUCUCUGUCUGUGUGUCUCUGUCUCUUGUCUGUGUUCUCUGUCUCCUGUGUGUCUCUGUCUCUCUGUCUGUGUGUCUCUGUCUCUCUGUCUGUGUGUCUCUGUCUCUCUGUCUGUGUGUCUCUGUCUCUCUGUCUGUGUGUCUCUGUCUCUCUGUGUGUCUCUGUCUCUCUGUCUGUGUGUCUCUGUGUGUCUCUGUCUCUCUGUCUGUGUGUCUCUGUCUCUCUGUGUCUCUCUGUCUGUGUGUCUCUGUCUCUCUGUUGUUCUCUGUCUGUCUGGUUGUCUCUCUUCUGUCUCUCUGUGUGCUCGUCUCUGUCUGUGUGUCUCUGUCUCUCUCUCUCUGUCUGUGUGUCUCUGUCUCUCUGUCUGUAUGUCUCUGUCUCUCUCUCUGUGUGUCUCUGUCUCUCUGUCUGUCUGUCUCUGUCUCUCUGUCUGUCUGUCUCUCUGUCUGUGUGUCUCUCUGUCUGUGUGUCUCUGUCUCUCUGUCUGUGUGUCUGUCUCUCUCUCUGUGUGUCUCUGUCUCUCUGUCUGUCUGUGUGUCUCUCUCUCUCUCUCUCGUCCUUCAACCUCUCUCUCUCUCGUCCCUCAACUCUCUCACCUCCUCUCUCUCUCUCUCUCUCUCUCUCUCUCUCUCUCUCUUCUCUCUCUCUCUCUCUCUCUCUCUCUCCUCUCGCUCUCUCCCUCUCUCUCUCUCUCUCUCUCUCUCUCUCUCUCGUCCCUCAACCUGUCGUCUGUCUUACAGGAGAACGAGCGUACAAAGGAUCUGCUCAUAGAACAGCGUUUUCACAGAGCCAUCAUUGGCCAGAAAGGGGAGAAGAUUAAGGACGUGCGUGACAAGUUCCCUGAGGUGAGUCACAAACCAUGUUGCUGUGGGAACAAACCUGAUGACGUCAGAGACCGUGGCUCAGUAAGACUUCAGUCAGUAAGGCUGUAUUUACACAGGCAGCCCAAUUCUGAUCUUUUGCCCAAUUAUUAACAAAAGAGCUGAUUUGAUAGGUCAAAAGACCUAUUGGUGGGGGGAAAAAAGCCCAGAAUUGGGCUGCCUGUUUAAACGCAGCCUUAGAAACUAUGGCGGGUGUAGGUGUGUGUGUGUGUGUGUGUGUGUGUGUGUGUGUGUGUAUAUAGCAUAUGUCAGAGCCAUAUAUUUAGAGUCGAUCUAGAUGUAUGGGCCUGGUAAAUGCUAUAAAAUGCUUGUGUAUACAGCUGUAACAGUAAACCUACUGUAUGUUCAUUUGGUUAGGAUGGGCACAAAAAAAAAACUGUCGCGUGAGAAAAGGAAAAUUAUUUAACGCCGUACAUUUUAAAGUAAUAAUGUUGUGUCGAUUUGCAGGUCAUAAUCAACUUCCCAGACCCGGCAGCGAAGAGUGACGUCGUUCAGCUGCGUGGUCCAAGAAAUGAGGUGGAAAAAUGCUCCAAAUUCAUGGAUAAGAUGGUUGCUGACAUGGUAUGUAGAUAAUCAAGCCAGAACGUCUAAAUGAUUGUUCUUUCUGUGGCCACUAACUUUUACAUUGCAUGAAGUUAGUGUAAAAGGUGCUAAAUACAUUGGCUUUCAAGACGUUGUGCCUAUAAAGCAGUUGAUAACUGAGUUGGUAUGAUUGAUAACUCCUUCCCUACGGGUAUUGAACAUCUAAAAUCUUGCUUUGCUGAUUUUUUAAAUUUUUUCACUUUUUAGUGUUUUUAUCUAUGAUUUUGUGUUUUUCAGGUGGAGAAUGGUUUCUCUGUCUCAGUCCCCAUCUUCAAACAAUUCCACAAGAACAUUAUCGGGAAAGGUGGCGCCAACAUCAAAAAGGUAUAUUCUCAUUGAUAGGAUAUGAAUUGGGACACAGUUCUUUCACAAUUCAGGCUUUUAAAAUAUGAAAAAGUGUAGUACCUGAGCAUUUAAAUAGUUAAUUCCUUAUUUUCCAGAUUCGUGAGGAAACUAACACCAGGAUUGACCUGCCUGCCGAGAACAGCAACUCUGAGAUGAUCAUCAUCACCGGCAAGAAGGAAAACUGUGAGGCCGCAAGAGUCCGUAUCCUGGCUAUCCAGAAAGAACUGGUAACUUGGUGGCUUUUCUCCGGGAGAGGACCCUCUAAGAUGGCGUUUAGACUUCUAUGUCAAUGCAGAGAAGGAUUUAAUCUUAUCUUUUCUCAUUUGGCUCUCAAUAUGAAACCAUGUCUCCAUUCUGUGCCCAAUGAACUACAUCUACCACCAUUGUGUCCAUCCCCUCCAGGCCAACAUUACGGAGAUGGAGGUGUCCAUUCCCUCCAAGCUGCACAACUCCCUGAUCGGCUCCAAGGGCCGUUUCGUCCGCUCCAUCAUGGAGGAGUGUGGCGGCGUCCACAUCCACUUCCCCACCGAGGGCUCCGGCGUCGACACGGUCACCAUCAGGGGCCCCGCUGAGGAGGUGGAGAAAGCCAAGAAACAGCUGCUUUCUCUGGCCCAGGAGAAGGUUGGUUGUCCCGCUCUCAGUUGGCUUAUUCGGGCUUGGGUUAUCAGUAGGACCGGGUUGGUUUUUGCUUAGUUCAUCGGCUAUGGUUGUCAUGAGGGUUGGGUUCAAUUCCAUUUCAAUUCAGGAAGUAAACAGAAAUUCCCAUUUUCAAUUUUCUUUCAUUUAUAAAGCAAUUGAAAUAGAACUAGGGUGACCGCAUUUAAAAUACCCAAAUACGGGAUGAUUUUUGAAGCGCAAAAUUUGCUGCACACAAAAUGUGGUGAUGCAGAAAUGAGACCACGUGUUGUUUUUAUGAAAAUCUGUGAAUAUUUAGCCAUGGUAACGAUUCUGGUUAGUCUCAGGGAAUGUAAAACGGUUAGGAUGGGAGUCUUUUUAAAAUGGGAUUGAGUGAAGUAGCAGCAAGUAUGUUGAAUGAGCAUGGAGAGCCUCACAAGUUUGACAAUGACCUUAUAUCUUUGUCUAAUAGGCUACAGCUAUUUAGACGUUCUUUGUUAGAAGCACACGUUGUGUAAGUAGUUAGCUAUCCUCUCCAAGUUUAGCUGGAUUUUUAGCCCAAAAGGAUUUCACAAAUGUGAUUUGGUUGACAAUAUGACAUUGGCCUACGUGUAGAAUAUCAGAUCUCGACAACGAUUUGGAGAAGCGAUGAACAUCACCAGCACCACGUCCUUAUGAUGUAUCUGGUCAUAAGCACAACAUGAUAGCAAAAGAGACUGGUUGGAAUGUCUGACUGAAAUACGGGACAAAUCGACUUUGUUAAAAACCCUCUCUCUGGGACACGGAGGCACAAACUUUAGAGAGAAACACUCCAGCCCAGCAGAGGCUACCAUCCCCUGGUUUCACACCUCUGGCAUUGCUAGGGGGGUUGCCAAGGGCCCUUCCAGAACACACUCCCCUGGCUAGGGUAAUGUGACCUGGUCAGCCAAUCACAGACUGUACCUUGUGGGGUCUCAAACCCCCAACAGUCUGUUCUUUAGUUGGACGCAGAGGUCCAGCGAGAUAACCGGUCAGAAGAGCUCUGCAACAACUCAACACUGGACCCUUCCUGACCAACCUUCCACCCUGGACUUCCUAAAUGUGUUAGUGGUUGGAUUACCAUAAACCACUAUAAAGUUGUGGUGAAAAGUUUGGAGAAUGACACAAAUACUAAUUUUCACAAAGUCUGCUGCCUCAGUUUUGAUGAUGGCAAUUUGCAUAUAUUCCAGAAUGUCAUGAGUGAUCCUAUGAAUUGCAAUUAAUUGCAAAGUCCCUCUUUGCCGUCAUAUCAGUGAUUCUCUCGUUAACACAGGUGAGAGUGUUGACGAGGACAAGGCUGGAGAUCACUCUGUCAUGCUGAUUGAGUCAGAAUAACAGACUGGAAGCUUUAAAAGGAGGGUGGUGCUUGAAAUCAUUGUUCUUCCUCUGUUAACCAUGUUUACCUACGAGGAAACACGUGCCGUCAUCAUUGCUUUGCACAAAAAGGGCUUCAUAGGCAAGAAUAUUGCUGCUAGUAAGAUUGCACCUAAAUCAACCAUUUAUCGGAUCAUCAAGAACUUCAAGGAGAGGGGGUCAAUUGUUGUGAAGAAGUCAGGGCGCCCAAGAAAGUCCAGCAAGCGCCAGGACCGUCUCCUAAAGUUGAUUCAGCUGCGGGAUCAGGGCACCACCAGUGCAGAGCUUGCUCAGGAAUGGCAGCAGGCAGGUGUGAGUGCAUCUGCACGCACAGUGAGGCGAAGACUUUUGGAGGAUGGCCUGGUGUCAAGAAGGGCAGCAAAGAAGCCACUUCUCUCCAGGAAAAACAUCAGGGACAGACUGAUAUUCUGCAAAAGAUACAGGGAUUGGACUGCUGAGGACUGGGGUAAAGUCAUUUUCUCUGAAUCCCCUUUCCGAUUGUUUGGGGCAUCCGGAAAACACCUUGUCCGGAGAAGACAAGGUGAGCGCUACCAUCAGUCCUGUGUCAUGCCAACAGUAAAGCAUCCUGAGACCAUUCAUGUGUGGGGUUACUUCUCAGCCAAGGGAGUGGGCUCACUCACAAUUUUGCCUAAGAACACAGCCAUGAAUAAAGAAUGGUACCAACACAUCCUCCGAGAGGAACUUCUCCCAACCAUCCAAGAACAGUUUGGUGACGAACAAUGCCUUUUCCAGCAUGAUGGAGCACCUUGCCAUAAGGCAAAAGUGAUAACUAAGUUGCUCAGGGAACAAAACAUCGAAAUUUUGGGUCCAUGGCCAGGAAACUCCCCAGACCUUAAUCCCAUUGAAUUUGUGGUCGACGAGGCGGGUGGACAAAUAAAAACCCACAAAUUCCAAGCAUUGAUUAUGCAAUAAUGGGCUGCUAUCAGUCCGGAUGUGGCCCAGAAGUUAAUUGACAGCAUGCCAGGGCGGUUUGCAGAGGUCUUGAAAAAGAAGGGUCAACACUGCAAAUAUUGACUCUUUGCAUAAACUAAAUGUAAUUGUCAAUAAAAGCCUUUGACACUUAUGGAAUGCUUGUAAAUUAUACUUCAGUAUACCGUAGUAACAUCUGACAAAAAUAUCUCAUAACACUGAAGCAGCGAACUUUGUGAAGACCAAUACUUGUGUCAUUCUCUCAACUUUUGACCACGACUGUACACUAACAUUACUUCAUAGAAAUAUCCAGUCUAUGGUCUCAUCUAGUUAGUUAUAUCCAGUCUAUGGUCUCCUCCAAUUAAAAUACUGUACACUACCUCACUUAUCCUACUGCUAGUCUCCUCUUCCUGUGGGUGUGGUUAUGGGCAUUAUCAGUCUUCUAUAAUUGUUAUGUUGCAGCACAUUCCAUAAAAACAUUCCAAUCGUUCUAAAAUAUCUCAUUUCCCCCCCCCCCCCCCCCUCGCUCUCUCGCUCUCUCGCUCUCCCUAGCAAACCAAGAGUCACACAGCUGAGCUGAAGGCCAAGCCAGAGUACCAUAAGUUUCUGAUCGGUAAGGGAGGCGGUAACAUCCGUAAGGUACGUGACAGUACUGGAGCCAGGAUCAUCUUCCCUACAGCUGAUGAGGAGGACCAGGAGCUGAUCACCGUGGUGGGGACAGAGGAGGCUGUCCGAGAGGCCCAGAAGGAGCUGGAGGAACUCAUCAAGAGCCUGGUAAGACCUUUUUUUUAUCAAAUACAUUUAGUUGAUUUGAUUAGAAAAACAGGAGAAACCGAAUCCAACACAAGAUUCUCCUGACACAUUGUUUUGUAUUGAUGUACGUACUUGUUGUUUUACAGCAGAAUCGAACUCCUGUGUAUUUUAGUCAUUUUUAGAGUGUAAGGAAACUGUUGGCGUUUUGAUUCUGAUUGACUCCAACCUUUUUUAGAUUAUACCCUGUGUAUUGUUUGAGACAUUUUGAAUAUGAAACCCCCUUGCUUGCAGGAUAACGUGGUGGAGGAUGUGAUGAAUGUGGAGCCCAAGCACCACCGUUACUUUGUGGCGCGCCGCGGGCAGGUGCUGAGGGACAUCGCUGAGGAGUACGGCGGUGUGAUGGUGAGCUUCCCCAGGAGCGGCGCCAACAGCGACAAGGUCACUCUGAAGGGAGCCAAAGACUGUGUGGAGGCAGCCAAGAAACGCAUGCUGGAGAUCAUCGAGGACCUGGUGAGUUCACUGGGCUUUAACUUAUUUAUGACCCAUUUCCACCGGAGACUUACCCCGGUGUUUUACCAAAAAGGCUUUCGAUUCCACUUCCAGCGUAUUAUUAUUAUUUUAUUUAUUUUAACCUUUAUUUAACUUGGGAAGUCAGUUAAUAACAAAUUCUUAUUUACAAUGACGGCCAAACCCGGACGACGCUGGGCCAAUUGUGCGCCGCCCUAUGGGACUCCCAAUCAUGGCCGGAUUGUGAUACAGCCUGGAAUCGAACCAGGGGGUCUGUAGUGACGCCUCAAGCACUGAGAUGCAGUGCCUUAGACCGCUGCGCCACUCGGGAGCCCAAACUAGGCCAUUGCCUCAAUUGACCUGCUCUUACUUGGGGCCAAAGCCUGACCACUGGUACUUUUCAACUGGCAUAUCUACUGAACAAAAAUAUUAACGCAACAAUGUCAAAGAUUUUACUGAGUUACAGUUCAUAUAAGGAAAUCAGUCAAUUGAAAUAAAUAAAUUAGGCACUAAUCUAUGGAUUUCACAUGACUCGGAAUACAGAUAUGCAUCUGUUGGUCACAGAUACUGUACCUUUAAAAAAGAAAGUAUGGGGCGUGGAUCAGAAAACCAGUCAGUAUCUGAUGUGACCACCAUUUGCCUCAUGCAGCGCGACACAUCUCCUUCACAUAGAGUUGAUCAGGUUGUUGAUUGUGGCCUGUGGAACGUUGUCCCACUCCUCUUCAAUGGCUGUGCGAAGUUGCUGGAUGUCGGCGUGAACUGGAACACGCUGUCGAACACGUCGAUCCAGAGCAUCCCAAACAUGCUCAAUGGGUAACAUGUCUGGUGAGUAUGCAGGCCAUGGAAGAACUGGGACAUUUUCAGCUCCCAGGAAUUGUGUACAGAUCCUUGUGACAUGGGGCCGUGCAUUAUCAUGCUGAAACAUGAGGUGAUGGCGGUGGAUGAUUGGCACGACAAUGGGCCUCAGGAUCUCAUCACGAUAUCUCUGUGCAUUGUGUUCGUUGCUAUUUAUUGGCCCCAGCACAAGGUGCACCUGUGUAAUGAUCAUGCUGUUUAAUCAGCUUCUUGAUAUGCCACACCUGUCAGGUGGAUGGUUUAUCUUGGCAAAGGAGAAAUGCUCACUAACAGGGAUGUAAACAACUUUGUGCACAAUUUGAGAGAAAUACGCUUUUUGUGCGCAUUGAACAUUUCUGGGAUCUUUUAUUUCAGCUCAUGAAACAUGGGACCAACACUUUACAUGUUGCGUUUUUUAUAUUUCUGUGUUCAGUGUAUAUAAAAAUGGCUAACUGAACAUGGGUUAACGCCUCACAAAGCAACUGUCUUGAUGCAAAGGUUGUUAAUUCUGUUCGCCACAGGUCUUUGGUGUCACUCCUGAUAGAAACACAAUCACAGUAGAGCUGACAUUAACAUAAAACACUGCUGACCCCCCGGGUGAGGGGUGAGCCUCGGGUGGGAGUGCCUCAUACUGUUUAUCUCCUGGGACAUAAAGGCUGCAAGAAUCUUCAGCCACUAGUCUCGUUUGCCCAGUCAUAACUGUCGUGUCCCCUCUUCUUGACUCUGAUUGGCUAGCGGUCCUCUCCUCUGUCUCCAGGACGCCCAGGUGACCAUCGAGUGUGUGAUCCCUCAGAGGUUCCACCGUUCUAUCAUGGGACCCAAAGGCUCCCGCAUCCAGGCCAUCACCAGGGACCACAACGUGCAGAUCAAGUUCCCCGAGCGAGUGGACGGCCCGGGAAAAGGAGGUCCGGCGGGUAAAAGCCCCUUGGCGUUCUCAGGCAGUAUUCACAAAGAGUCAGAGGAGUGCUGAUCCAAGGAUCAGUUCUGAGUAGUUUUAAAGAUCGUAGUCGUGAUCCUAGACCUUUACUCGCAAUGACUGCGACGUGGUUGUUUUAUCUACCUUAAGUUGAAUGCACUGAGGUGUAAGUCGCUCUGGAUAAGAGCGCCUGCUAAAUUGACCUAAAUGUAAAUAUCCUAGAUCAGCACUCCUACUCUGAGACUUUGUCAAUACGUGCCCGGGUUAAGAGAUGUCUCUUGCUUCAAGGCUGCUCGAAGCAAGUCUUUUUCAGAUUUCUGCUGUUUAAAAUGCCUGGUUGUUUCAUUCUCUCUAAUCAACCUUUUUAAAAAAUCUGUUCUUCCUCAGCUCCCCUGGCCGAGGCUGCAGUGCAGGAGAAUGGAGAGGCUAACGGGGAGGUGCUCGUGGUCGAAGAGCCUACUACACCUGUGGAUCCCGCUGUUCCCAAGAAGUGUGACGUCAUCGUGCUUUCUGGCCGCAAGGAGAGAUGUGAGGCUGCCGUGGAGGCGCUCCAGGUCAGCCCUCUUCUUGAACAUUGAAUUGAAAUAAUGACACUGUCUGUACUGUCAGUAAACUCUUUUACUGAGGGUAUUCGUGACUCAAAUAUAGAGUAGUGUGUUUUCAACUCAUGUUUCACCUGUCUUUUGUUCCUCAGGCUCUGGUCCCUGUCACCACUGAGGUGGAAGUGCCUUUCGAGCUUCACCGUUACAUCAUUGGGCAGAAGGGAAGUGGAAUUCGGAAGAUGAUGGAUGAAUUCGAGGUUCGUAGAGGAGUUAUUUUUUUCGGGGGGAAUGGAUCAGCUUAAAAUUGCAGAUAGAAUGUAUCUUCUAUCAAUGUAAUUGUCUGCGUCACUUCCAAUCCCCCAUGUUUUUUUUAUUUAUAUAUAUAUAUAUAUAUAUACUCCCCUCAUUCAGGAUACAGCAUCUCCUCUGUCUGGAGGUUUUAUCCAACAUGGUAAUGUUCUCUAUCCAUUGCCUCCACCUCCCAGGUUAAUAUUCAAGUGCCUGCUCCUGAGCUGCAGUCCGACAUAAUCUCCAUUACUGGCCUGGCCAAUCACCUGGACCGCGCUAAGGAGGGUCUCCUGGAGCGUGUUAAAGAGCUGACUGCUGAGCAGGAGGAUCGGGUACGUGUUGCUCUCUACUGCUGCUUGUUCAGAUCCCAGACCAACCAGUAUUAAGUGUUGACGGCAGUCAAUCACCAGCUACAGAGCCUGGUCCCAGAUCUGUUUGUGCUGUCUUACCAACUCCUAUGGUCAUUACCUAGCCUGGUCCCAGAUCUGUUUGUGCUGUCUUACCAACUCCUAUGUUUGUUGUCAUGCCAUUUGGAAUCCAACACAAACAGAUCUGGGACCAGGCUAAGAGUGACAUGGUUCUGACUGUGGAUGUUGUACUUGUUGUUCUUUGCAGUCCCUCAGGAGCUUCAAGUUGACCAUCACUGUGGACCCCAAGUAUCACCCCAAGAUCAUUGGCCGUAAGGGAGCCAUAAUAACUAACAUCCGCACGGAGCACGACGUCAACAUCCAGUUCCCAGACAAGAAUGAUGACAACCAGGUACAGGGUUGCACCUUCUCUUGUCCUCCUAUCCUCAAGCCCCUUGUCCUCUAUCCUCAAGCCCCUGUCCUCUAUCCUCAAGCCCCUUGUCCUCUAUCCUCAAGCCCCUUGUCCUCUAUCCUCAAGCCCCUUGUCCUCUAUCCUCAAGCCCCUGUCCUCUAUCCUCAAGCCCCUUGUGCUCUAUCCUCAAGCCCCUUGUGCUCUAUCCUCAAGCCCCUUGUGCUCUAUCCUCAAGCCCCUUGUGCUCUAUCCUCAAGCCCCUUGUGCUCUAUCCUCAAGCCCUUGUGCUCUAUCCUCAAGCCCCUUGUGCUCUAUCCUCAAGCCCCUUGUCCUCUAUCCUCAAGCCCCUUGUCCUCUAUCCUCAAGCCCCUUGUCCUCUAUCCUCAAGCCCCUUGUCCUCUCCUCAAGCCCCUUGUACUCUAUCCUCAAGCCCCUUGUACUCUAUCCUCAAGCCCCUUGGUCCUCUAUCCUCAAGCCCCUUGUCCUCUAUCCUCAAGCCCCUUGUCCUCCCUAUCCUCAAGCCCCUUGUCCUCCUAUCCUCAAGCCCCUUGUCCUCUACCCUCAAGCCCCUUGUCCUCUACCCUCAAGCCCUUGUCCUCUAUCCUCAAGCCCCUUGUCCUCUAUCCUCAAGCCCCUUGUCCUCUAUCCUCAAGCCCCUUGUCCUCCUAUCCUCAAGCCCCUUGUCCUCCUAUCCUCAAGCCCCUUGGUCCUCCUAUCCUCAAGCCCCUUGUCCUCCUAUCCUCAAGCCCCUUGUCCUCCUAUCCUCAAGCCCCUUGUCCUCCUAUCCUCAAGCCCCUUGUCCUCCUAUCCUCAAGCCCCUUGUCCUCCUAUCCUCAAGCCCCUUGUGCUCUAUCCUCAAGCCCCUUGUGCUCUAUCCUCAAGCCCCUUGUGCUCUAUCCUCAAGCCCCCUUGUCCUCUAUCCUCAAGCCCCUUGUCCUCUAUCCUCAAGCCCCUUGUCCUCUAUCCUCAAGCCCCUUGUCCUCUAUCCUCAAGCCCCUUGUCCUCUAUCCUCAAGCCCCUUGUCCUCUAUCCUCAAGCCCCUUGUCCUCUAUCCUCAAGCCCCCUGUCCUCUAUCCUCAAGCCCCCUGUCCUCUAUCCUCAAGCCCCCUGUCCUCCUAUCCUCAAGCCCCUUGUCCUCCUAUCCUCAAGCCCCUUGUGCUCCUAUCCUCAAGCCCCUUGUGCUCUAUCCUCAAGCCCCUUGUGCUCUAUCCUCAAGCCCCUUGUGCCUCUAUCCUCAAGCCCCUUGUCCUCUAUCCUCAAGCCCCUUGUCCUCUAUCCUCAAGCCCCUUGUCCUCUAUCCUCAAGCCCCCUUGUCCUCUAUCCUCAAGCCCCCUGUCCUCUAUCCUCAAGCCCCCCUGUCCUCUAUCCUCAAGCCCCCUGUCCUCUAUCCUCAAGCCCCCUGUCCUCUAUCCUCAAGCCCCUUGUCCUCCUAUCCUCAAGCCCCUUGUCCUCCUAUCCUCAAGCCCCUUGUGCCUCCUAUCCUCAAGCCCCUUGUGCUCUAUCCUCAAGCCCCUUGUGCUCUAUCCUCAAGCCCCUUGUGCUCUAUCCUCAAGCCCCUUGUGCUCUAUCCUCAAGCCCCUUGUCCUCUAUCCUCAAGCCCCUUGUCCUCUAUCCUCAAGCCCCUGUCCUCUAUCCUCAAGCCCUUUGCAAAAAGGCAUUGGAGAAGGUCAGAGGAGAGUGGCCUUGGAUCUUCUCCAAUGUGCCUGAGGGGGGUGAGGAGUUAUGCAAGGAAUUGAGGAAAUGCUCAUUUGAGAAGGCCUUAGACUUGAUGUUUCCCUCAUGUAAGGUAUGUAGUCCUGACAUACUUCCCCCCCCCCCCCCAGGACCAGAUCACCAUCACGGGGUAUGAGCACAAGGCUACGGCUGCCAAGGACGCCAUCCAGGCUAUCGUGGACGAGCUGGAGGAGAUGAUCUCUGAGGAUAUCACCCUGGACGCCCGUGUCCACGCCCGUAUCAUCGGGGCCCGCGGCAAGGGCAUCCGCAAGAUCAUGGACGAGUUCAAGGUGAGGGGGGGGGGUCGGGUGGGAGGACCUUUGUCAGUGGACACGUGGGGCCAGUUUCCCUGAUACAGGAAUUCCUGGACUUAGAAGCAUGCACAACGGAAAUUCUCCAUUGAAAUGGGUUUUUAGUCCAGGGCAAGCCUUGUCUGUGUCUCGGAUAAUGCAUGUUAAUGGUUGUGAGGACAAAACGAAUCCUACAGGAGACUGGGUAGUCUUGCCUUGUCCCUCUGUAUUCUGGGAAACCAUUUGAAUGUAUUCCGUCUGCACAUACAUUUGCUGUUGAUGGGUUUAGUGUUGAUAUAUAUAAAUAAUGCCCUCCAAGGCUUCUUCUUUUCAAAUGGACAAAAGACAAGAAUUUGUCCAUUAAAAAAAUAUAUAUAUUUAUUUAAUCCUCUUCGUUCCUGGAGGAACAUAGGACCUCACUUUUAAAUGGACAGAUGACCUGUUCUAACACGACUGUGUGGAGCUUGGAUAUAACAGUUUAUACCUGUUUAGGUGGAUCUGAGAUUCCCCCAGCCUGGAGCUGCCGAUCCCAAUCAGGUGUCUGUCACCGGACGUCCUGAGCUGGUGGAUGAAGCCAUCGACCACCUCCUCAACCUGGAAGAGGAAUACGUAAGUACUCCUUUCAAAGCGGUGUAGGGUGAAUUUGCCCCUAGAUGCUGCACUUGGGUCAGUUUACCAUUUUCCCCCACUAAUGGGGUAAGGUUGGGAUUGCGGGAGGGGAAACUUCACCCGGGGCUUUCAAAGCCAUUUAGGCAUCCUCUUGGCCCUUGGUGUCCACCAUGGCUCUCCAUAUCCCCCAUGAUGCUUUGUAAUUCAUAGUUGUUGUUUUUUUCUGUGUCUGGUCAAUGUUAAGUUUAGUCAUUACUGAUCAGUUUAUUCAUUGAUCUGUGCUGUAUCAUUGAUAAAGCAUUUCCCUCAUUGUUUUUUCACCCCCAGUAAUCUUUGGCUCUUCAUUUUACUGCUGUUAUAGAACACACUAUCUGAUUGCCUUUAAAUGAGGAGUAUCGUAAUGAGUACCUUAACAACUUUUCCCCCCGUUUUCAUAUGGCUUUUUAAAAAUCUUAACUGGUUUCUGUUUCCUGUUUUUCAGAUGGCUGAUGUGAUUGAGAAUGAGUCUAAGAUGACGUACAUGAAACCCCUUGGUGACCGCGGUGCGUCCUCGAUGGAUGACGGAGGACGAGAGCGGGGCCCCUCCAAAGGCUUCGUGGUGAGGGAGGCUCCGUGGCAAACUGGCAGUGAGAAGGUGAGAGAGGUGACGGAUAUUUUAUUUAUUUUCCUCCUUUGACAAAUCUGACCCAAUACCUUUUUGUGCUAGCCUGGUCCCAGAUCUGUUUGUACUGUCUUGCCAACUAUACCCGUGGUCAUUGUUGAUCAUAAGUUGUCUAUUUAGCACAGAUCUGGGACCACCAGGCUACUUUUGUGUGUGUUGUCCUUUUUUGGUAGUUUUGGAAUGCAGUCAUUUUGUAGUUCAAUGAUCACUCACAUUUACUUGUUAAUGGAAAGGAACUCCAGCACCUAGUUAUCACUGACACUUGCUUGUUUUCCCCCCUCUCUCCAGGCCCCAGAUAUGAGCAGCUCUGAGGACUUCCCCAGCUUCGGUGCUCCUGUGGCGGCCGCCAACAAGGCCUCUCCCUGGGGACCCAAGCGCUUCUGAGCAGAGCUGUGCUGCUACAAAGGAGACGAGAUGGCCCUCGCCUCCACCUGACGACACAAUCUUCCCCUCAUCACCUGCCCCGACCCUCUGGACCUGGACUGACCGCUGACACUGACCCCCCCAACAGAAGACGUCUCUGCAGUCCUGGAAAUAUUUCACGCUUCUCUCUUCUGUCUACAUAACUUGGUUUGCCUUUGUAGAUUUUACGGUGUAGUCUGAAAUGCUUUCAACCAAACUGUAUUUUGACCUGUAACUUAAGCUUUGUAUCUUCUUCUAUUCAGUAAUACGUCUUUCUGCAACAAAAAAUAUAAUACUUUAUUAUAAGAAACGUUGCCGGGUUGUUGGGUUAUGUCUAUUUUCAGGUAGAAGUUCAAUGUUGUUCUCCGAGACUUGACAUUUCAUAAUGAUUUGAAAUGUGUUACCAAAGCUGUUAAGGCAACCGAGCAAAGCUACGUAGGUUUCCUGAGCUGCCCCUUUUCUUAGUUGCCUUCGCAGGGUGUGUGUGUGUGUGGGAGGGGUUGACUUACCUCUGGUGACAUGUUAGCUAACAUGUCUGUCCAUUUUCAGCUUUUGAUUUGAAGUGAAGAAGCUUGACCACCACGGUGGCCCAGCUGUCUGUUUCAACUACUCUCCUCCACUACUCAUGGGAACUGUGCACGUAAUCUCAUUCAGAUCUCGGUCUUGUUGACGCAUCUGAGUGGUUCUGUCCGCCGUCUUUCAUUCUGUCCCCUUUUCUGCUUGUAACUGUGCUUGUGAGUAUAUGGGCAGGUAGUGGUGUGUUGUGUCAUGCAGCCUUAUUCAUUUGUCAAACUUUGUUUUUGGAGGGGUGAUUCACUACAGAUACUAUUUCACACACUCAAACUGCCAGAUGCUUUUGGAGAUCGUAAUGGAUCCUGUACCAUGCUUCUACAACACUAGAGCUCCAAAGUUUCAAUAUCCCCACACACUAACUGUUAAAAGUAUCAUACUUGUUCCAAACUUUUAGUUAUUUUUUUUGUUUGUUGAAAAAAAUGACGUUUUAACUCUACUCAUGUUUUUGGAAGCAAAAGAGCAGACCAUUUUGUGCCAAUGAACUGUCUUCUGUCUAGUGAUGUGUUCCUCAUCCUGCUACCAACCGGGUCAGUGUCCAGUCCCUUUUUGUCUUCCAGUUGCUAUGCAGAUUGUUCUGUAACCAUAGCGAUGGCCCUCUUCUAACAGCCUUAUAUCUAGGGUGACGUAAACCAGACCCAGAGUAUGAUGUCACAGUCCGAGGAGAGCAGGAGGCGUAACAGUAAAACGCUGUGUGGAUAAAUGUUCCAUCGUCUCAUUCGGUUCCAGUCAGUGGGGUGGUGUUUCAUUUUUGCUCGCGGUGGUGCGGAUACACUUCCUGAAAGAUAUGACAUCACUGUCUAAUCCUGGUCUAUGUCAUUCUAGCCUUAUAUGAAAGAUUAUGCAAAAAAAAAAAAAAACA